GAAAUGUUUAAAAAUAUUGCAUUUAUCACAAACACAGUAUAUAUGAGCACGGUCGUAUCAUUUGUUUCGCGUCUCUUGCCCUACCAUAUCGGUCGACCAGAUUUGCCUAUUUAUUUGACACCAUUAUGUUAUGCACCGGACUUUCAAUACACAGAUCAGGCCAAUGUUAUUUUUCAACGCCUAUUCGAGGCAUCGAUUUCCCAACACUGGGAUAAUUUAUUAGCCGACUAUUACUAUCAGGAUCAGUCAUAA